UGGUUUGGUGCUCGGCGGGCGAGUCGCUGGUCGGGCCAGGAGAGCGACGAGCGGGACACAUAAAUGAAUCUCCUCGCGCCGUUAUCUAAUCACUCGAAUCGCGUCCGCCGCAGCCGCCGCCACCUGCAGCCAUGGCUGUCGAAGACUCGGCCGUCACCAACUUCAGGGAGUACCUGCGCAUCCCCUCGGUCCACCCCAACGUCAAUUACGAUGGAUGCAUCGAGUUCUUGAAGAAGCAGGCCAAGGGCCUUGACCUGCCCGUGCAGAUCUUCGCGGUGGUCGACGGAAAACCAAUCGUGGUGCUCACUUGGCAGGGCGUCGAGCCAGCCCUGCCCGCGGUCCUCCUCAACUCGCACAUGGACGUCGUUCCAGUCUUCGCUGAAAAAUGGAGCCACGGGCCGUUUGCCGCUGAAAAAGACGCCAACGGAAACAUUUACGCGCGCGGAUCGCAGGACAUGAAGUGCGUCGGAAUCCAAUACUUGGAGGCCAUUCGGAGGCUCAAAAGCAACGGCAUCGCGCUCAAGAGAACCCUCCACAUCUCAUUUGUACCUGACGAGGAGAUCGGCGGCGUCGACGGGAUGGAGAAAUUCGUGCACACGCAGGACUUCAAGAAUUUGAACAUCGGCUUUGCGUUGGACGAGGGAAUGGCCAGUCCGAACGACGAAUUCCUCUUCUACAACGGCGAGAGGUGCAUUUGGCAAUUGUUUGUGUCCUGCCCGGGCACUCCCGGCCACGGUUCGCUGAUGCUGCCGGACACGGCCGGCGAAAAGGUCGAGAUCAUCAUCAACAAGUUCAUGGACCUGCGAAGAAGAGAAAAAGCCAAACUCGAGUCCAACAAAAACCUGACGGUCGGUGACGUCACCACCGUCAAUUUGACGCAGAUCAAGGGAGGCGUGCAGCCGAACGUGGUGCCGCCCGAGCUGACCGUGGGCUUCGACGUGCGACUGGCAACCGACGUGAACCACGACGAGUUCGAGGCCAUGAUCAACGGGUGGUGCAAGGAGGCCGGCGAGGGCACCUACAUCACCUACACGCAGAAAAACAACUUUGUGCCCAACACGGCCCUCGACAACUCCAACCCCUGGUGGAUUGCAUUUAAAAGCGCAUGUGAUAAAAUGAAGAUGAAAUUGAAGCCGUCAAUAUUCCCCGGAGGAACGGACAGUCGGUAUGUGAGGGAGGUGGGAAUUCCCGCCCUGGGCUUCUCUCCGAUCGUGAACACGCCGGUGCUUUUGCACGACCACGACGAAUUCUUGAACGAGAAGGUUUUCCUGCACGGCAUCAAAAUCUACGAGGAACUGCUCAAGGCUGUGGCGAACGCAUGAGAUAGAUUUUUUACACCCAAGUUUUACUCAAUUUCUUUAAUUCUUCGUUGUUACUGCUCUGGUCCCUAGAUGGGACAAUAUUAGUCAUUGAUUGAUUGUUUCAGUAUUUUCAUUCUUGCUCUGAGCAUUUACAUUGUGCAGUGCCUAUUGUUCUAUCGUUAUUGAGUAGCGAAAAAUGUGAGAUUCGAGGUGGAUGUGAAUAAACAAGGUUUUUAAAACUGCCA